AUGCAUUUCCAACCCUCGCUGCUGCUUCCAUUGGUCGCAGUCGCAACUGCGGCUCGACCGAUGCUUUGGUGGCCGAAUACCUUGGCUGAAGAACAGUAUGGAACCAUUGAACCAGAAAGCGCUUUGCCCAAUGUCAGCACGGUCGUCGGGUUGCCAGACUUCCAAUUCCUGGCGGAAGGACACAUGAACUUGUCGUCGUACACUUACUACCACAGUGGAGCUGCUGGCGAAUGGUCCUACCGAAACAACUUGGAGACCUUCCAGCGUGCGCGUCUACGGCCGAGAGUCAUGAAAAUGGUUGAUGAUAUCGAGUCCUCGUUGCCAACGCAAAUACUCGGAUACAAUUUUUCUCUACCGCUCUUCAUUUCUCCUUGCGCCCGCGCUGGCUACGCCAACGAGACGGGCGAGCUUGGUCUUGUUCGAGGUGCUGCCGCAGGAAACGUACUGUACAUGGUCACCGACUUCUCGUCGAGAACCAAAGAGGAAAUCUCCGCUGCCAAAGCCGAGGGCCAGAUCUUGUUCCAACAGCUCUACAUCGAUCCUCAUAACGACACGGCAACCCUUGAACAAAUCAGAGAAGCUGAGACCCUUGGCUUCAAGGCACUCAUCCUGACCGUCGACUCUGCUGCUGACGGUAACCGCCACCGUGCCCUGCGCUUUGGCGUAGGCUCAGCCGACAGCAGCUACUCUUCGAUCACUUGGGAGAAAUACAAUUGGAUGCGCGAGCAGACCUCCCUUCCCAUCGUGCCCAAGGGAAUCCAGACCGUGGAAGACGCCGUCAUCGCGGUCCGGAAUGGCGCCCCUGCAAUUUUCCUCUCCAACCACGGCGCUCGGCAACUCGACGGUUCACCCAACGGAUUCGAAGUCGCCCUGGAGAUCCACGAGCAGGCCCCAUGGGUAUUCGACAGCUUGGAAGUCUAUGCCGACGGCGGUGUACGAUACGGCGCCGAUGUCGUCAAGCUCCUUGCCCUGGGUGUCAAGGCUGUCGGUGUCGGCAGGCCCUUCAUGUUCAGCAAUAUCUACGGAGAGGCCGGUGUAGAGCGAGCAAUCGAGAUCAUCAGACGAGAAAUCGCCAUCGAUGCUGCCAAUGCGGGCAUCGCCGACCUGAAGCAGAUCAACUCGAGUGUCCUUGCCUUGAAUCGGUAUCCCUUCUGGGGCCAAGGCUCGUGA